AUGUACAAGCAUGUGUGGCUUGUCUUGGAAAAAAUAUCCGAGUCUGCGAAUGCCAGUGAAGAACGCUUGAAAGCAGCAGCGUUUUCGCACGUCGUCAAAUCCUUGAAGUUCUACAAAUAUAUGGUAUUCCAGGUUACAAGUCCUAGGAAAGAUCGACACAUGGUCAAGAAAUGCACAGAUAUGCCCUCCACUGAGCCAAAUAGAUUCUUCUGUUUGAGAAGACAAGUGAGGAGAAUCAAUUGCAUGUCGAUUCAGCUUGAUCUCGGUUGCAAAAUUAGGCCCUUUCUACGUGAACAUUUCAAAAAGAAGCGGCUUUAUUGA